AUGCCUGAGAAAAUGUUAAAAUGGGCUCUCAUGCACGCUACUAAGCAUAUGGUCCAGGAAGAAACAAUCAGCCUACUCGAUCAUGAAGCAGAUGAGGAGGAUGAUGAUUUGACCAGACUUCCCAAAGACGAGCAGGAAGUGAACAGCACUUCUAAUGGAGAAGGUGCCAUCCGUGUUGUCAAGGUAAUUGGAAAGAAUAAGCGUCGCAAGAAGGUCUUCAAGGAAUUCGAGCUUAUAUUCCCUAGAAUGAAAUUUUAUCGUUGUCUCCGUCGACUGACGAGACUCCGUGUGGCUGAUACUGCCCCCGUGUCCCUGGCUGCUAUUAUGAAGUUUCUAGUUGAAGAGGUUUUUUCCUACGCUCAUGAAUGUAUGAUUCGACAGAAGCGUAAAAGAAUUACUCCGCAACAUAUCGGCAUGGGAGUGCGCAUUGAUGAUGAACUGGGACAACUGUUCAAAGGCAUACUUAUCCCUUCGGCUGGACGUUUUGGAACUUUUUAUCUGACACGCUGA